AUGAAGUGCGUCAUAGUUCUGAUGGCUUACCUCACCUUUAAUGUCGCUGUUGCUGUUGACUGUGAUACGGUGGACUGCCGCCGUCAGAAUUCUGCUGUAAACCCGUGGCAUAAUCUGCUCGUCAGCAGAGGGCGACUACUGAAGGACAAAGUUAAGUCCAGAGGUCGUUUCUGGAAUAGGGAGAUGGGCCUCAACAGCAUUCGGCGAGGCAGCGUCAGAUGGGGUAAACGCUUCGAUUCAAAGCAAUGGCAGAAUGCGUUCAAGGAUCUUCUCCGCCCGACGAAACUUGCGAUGGGCAGAAAUUGGACUCCAACGAUCACCGACGUAUUACCAAGAGAGAACACGGAAUUGGAAGUCAAUCAUCUACCAGGGAUCACCGAAAUCUGUCAGAAGAACUACCAUCAGACUAUGCGAGAUUACAUUUGUCAAUAA